AUAUAUAUAUAUUUGCAGCUUUUCUCAACAAAACUUUUUUGGCAUUUGCAAAAUCCUUCACUUCCCAUCUCUCUCUAUAUAAAAAUCUAUAAUCUUAAAUCAUCAAAGAAGGCAAAAAUCACUAAGCUGUUCUUGAAAUUUUUAGAAAUUCUAGUAAAAAUGGGUUCUAAAGAAAAGUAUACAAGAACAAAUCGAAGACCAAGAUCCAUAAAAACUGAUAAUAAUCAUCAUGAUCAUAAUACUACUAAUAAUAAUAAUACCCAUAAUACCCUUAACUGUAAUUCUUCAGAUUUUACUGAAAUUGGUGUUAAUCCAUUGAAUCUUGAAACUGAUUUACCUCAACAUGAAUACCCCAUUAAGCCCGGGUCGGGUCCCGGGUCGAGUCCCGGGUCGGGUUCUGUGAUUGAUGAGAAUGGUUGGGGUUACUGUACUGAAGAACAACUAGAAGAAAUCUUGUUACAAAAUUUGGAGAUUUUGUAUAGUGAGGCUAUAAAUAAGUUAAUUGGUUUAGGUUAUGAUGAAGAAGUGGCUAUGAAAGCAAUUUUAAAGAAUGGUCAUUGUUAUGGUGGUAUGGAUGUGUUAACUAAUAUAUUGCAUAACUCGUUGUCGUAUUUAAAUAGCGGGAGUAGUUGUUCGUCGAGUAGUAGUUUGGAGGAUUCGGAUCAUAACUGUUUUGUUGAUUUGAGGCAGUUGGAAGAGUAUUCGUUGGCGGGUAUGGUUUGUUUGUUGCAACAAGUUAAGCCACAUUUGAGUAAAGGUGAUGCUAUGUGGUGUUUGUUAAUGAGCGAUCUUCACGUGGGUCGGGCUAGUGUUAUGGAAAUUCCCGCUCUUUCGUCUGGUAAUGGGUCGGUGAGUAGUGGUAAUAGUACUAAUGUGGAGGGUAUCGGUGCGGGGCCUGUUGGGGUUGUGCCCGCAAUGUGUAGGUUUCAUGGUGGGUGGGGUUUUGGGAAUAGUACUGCAAACGCGUUUCCGUUGAAUAGGUCGUUUGCGUUUACCUCAGAUUCUUCUAAUUCGCAGAAAGAGAUCGAGUGUCCUAAGAGAUUUAAUCUUACCCCAUCGAUGAAAACUUUGCUUAAGAGGAAUGUAGCUGCAUUUACUGCAGGAUUUAGGUCAAACCCGAAAUAUAUGCAAAACCCUAGUGAAAGUGGAACCCAGUCUGGUGGUGACUCACAAACGUCGAAAAGCCAAGACGUGGUUAACUCUGUGGUGGGUAAAUUUCAAGAUUUGAAUCUGGAUGAGAAUACACAGAAGGGUGACGGACACGUGGACCAAAAAGACGAAAUGAUUCUUGGUUUGAUCGAUCAGAUAAAAGAUCUCGAGAGACAGGUUAAGGAACGGAAAGAUUGGGCCCAUCAAAAAGCGAUGCAAGCAGCCCGGAAACUCAGCCACGACUUGACCGAACUCAAGACGUUACGGAUGGAAAAGGAAGAUACGCAAAGGCUAAAAAAGGGUAAACAGGCAAUAGAAGAUACUACCAUGAAGAGGCUAUCAGAUAUGGAAAAUGCAUUAAGAAAAGCAAGUGGACAAGUCGAUCGUGCGAAUUUGGCUGUGAAAAAACUCGAGACGGAGAACGCAGAGAUAAGGGCUGAGAUGGAGGCGUCCAAGUUAAGCGCUUCGGAAUCUGUGAAAACGUGUAUGGAGGCUGCGAAGAGGGAGAAGAAGUGCAUUAAGAAGCUUGCUGUUUGGGAGAAACAGAAGAAAAAGCUACAGGAGGAUAUCGCAGCGGAGAAAGAAAAGAUUUUGGAUUUGAAAAAGCAGAUGGUUCAGGUAGAAGCAGCUCAAAAGGACGCUGAGGCGAAUUGGAGGCAGGAACAGAAGGCAAAGGAGCAAGCCUCAGCACUAGUAGAGGAAGAACGACGUCUCAAAGAAGCAGCCGAGGCUAAUAACAAAAGAAAGCUCGAGGCGUUGCGCCUGAAGAUAGAAAUCGACUUCCAGCGGCAUAAGGAUGAUCUCCAACGGCUUGAACAGGAUCUUUCUCGGCUUAGAGCAUCUACCGAGCUGCAGAAUCAGUCUGCUAAUUUAGUAACAGGUAACAAUAACGGGGAACAGCCCCACGGAGGAGAUAUUGCAAGGAUGUUACGUGAGUUAGACAGAUUCGAGGAUUCUUCUGAGAAGGAUAAUUCCGAUAGGGAAUGUCUAAUAUGCAUGAAGGAUGAAGUUUCUGUUGUGUUCCUGCCUUGUGCUCAUCAAGUUCUGUGUGCCAACUGCAACGACAACUAUGGGAAGAAGGGAAGAGCUAAAUGUCCGUGUUGCCGGGUUCCAAUUGAACAGAGGAUCCGGGUCUUUGGCGCAACUUCAUAGACCUCAUCAUGCUUAUAAACUGUCUUUUAGACGAUAAGACAACGUUUAAUUUACUGUUUUUUUGUCUUAAACUUAUGCUUGACUGUGCAAGCAUCUUAGAUGGAGCCUGGCCAAGUGGUACAUUUUGUUGUAAUGGCACUUGUUUGUAGAGGUUUUGCAAAUGUUUUUGCAUUAUCUGUGGGUAGCAGUAUAUAUUCUCCUGGAAAAGUGGCAAUUCUUAUCUUGAAAUGUUUUGUUCUU